AUUUUAACUAAUAUUUUCUAUGAAUAUAAAUAAUUUGAAAAUUACAAAUUUAAAUAAACUUAUAUUAAUAAUGUAGAUUCAUUGAUUUUUUUUGGUCGUAUAAGCUUCUGGCGAAUGCAAUUAGAAAUUUUAUGUACUUAUUUUAUUUGAUGUAAACAAGGUUCAACAAAAAUGGAAAAGAAAGAUGAUAUCGCGUGCAAAUUGAUAUGUAUGUCUUGUUUAUGUUUUGGUCGAUCUCUGCAAGCAGUGACCGAGGAGAAAUUAAGGAAAUAUUAUGUGGACAUAUUGAACGAAAUACCACUGUGCAACACACAAAUAUCAUACCCCAACUUGUGUGUAGACUGCAAAGCUUUGCUCAAAAAGGCUGUCUCAUUUAAAGAGCAGGUACAAGACUCAUUUAGGGUGCUACAAACAUACACAAAUGAGACUCUCAACGAGUGUCUACUGACGGAAGUGACGCGACAGCCACGACUCCGUGUCCACACCAUAGAUUCCAUUAACAUAUCACCUCUCGAUGAUGACAGUGUGGAACUCCAUGAUGUCCAGUUGGUGUGUGUUAAAAAUGAAGUCAAGAAUGAAUGGAAUGACAAAGAUUUAGAUGAGACAGUGCACUCCGAUUGUCCUCUAUCUGAACCAGAGGAUAUAAAAGAUAUUGAUGUAGAAUUAGAGAGUUUACUGCGAACAGUGAAGAAGGGCAAGAAAAGAAAGAGGAAAGAACAAGACAGCAAGGAGAGGAAAGGAAGGAAGAUUGUCAAAAGUUUACAAGUCAACAGUAAGGAUAUAAAUAAUUCAAAGAGACCAAACGACCAAAAGAUAAUAACCAUAGAGCUAAGUUAUGAAGAAAUGCUGCUAGAAAGAGACAGCGAGUCGAAAAGAGAGAGCUAUACACGUUCAGAAUACAAGUGCGAAUCUUGUCUGGUCGGAUUUAAUUACAGUAAAAGUUAUAAGAGACACGUAUCGAGUAAGCAUUCACCAGAACUGGGGGAUUAUAGUUGUCCCAUAUGCAAAACGAUUAUAGCGUCAGUUGAAUCAUUUACGGCCCACUAUAAACGACAUAUGCGAAGAUACGAGUGCAGUAUCUGCCAGAAACGAACCCAAGACAUGAAGGUGAUGCAGCAACAUUACUACAGCACCCACGACAUAUCACUGAAAAGGUACAAGUGUGACCUCUGCGGCAAACUGUCCAAUUCCAUAGACACACACCGGUACCACAAGGACACGCAUAAAGCACGCGUGCAGUGCUCAGAGUGCGACAAAACAUUCACCCACCGGGCUGGCCUCAUGAACCAUAGACUUGCAGUGCACGAGUUCAACAAUGCGUUCCCCUGCACUGUUUGUGAGAAGGUGUUCCGAUGGAAGACCAGCCUCAAGAGGCAUCUGGAGAAGCAUGCUCUGGAGGGUAAGUCUGCUACAGCGGCCGCAUUCUGUUCAACUUGCGGCGUUAGUUUCUCGUCUGUUUGUUCAUACCAGCGUCAUAUGAAGAACAGCCUCAAACAUGUCAGCCAUGAACAGCUCAGGUUUAUUUGUGACCAUUGUAACAGGCGGUUUGCGGAUAAAACGAAGCUCCGGGACCAUAUAGAAGAGAAGCAUUUGCACAAAACGUACCAGUGUCAUAUUUGUCUCAAGCCCUCUAAGAAUCGAAUGGGGCUGGAUCAACACAUUAGGAAUGUGCACCGAGGUAGACCGAACAACAAGAUAUGCCAUCACUGCGGCAAGGGGUUCCCGACGAAGGUGCAAUUGGAGUCGCACAUACGAACACACACCGGGGAGAGGCCGUUCAUAUGUGAAUACUGUCCGACCACGUUCUCGCAGCAAUCGAAUCUGUACAAGCAUAAUAGACAAGUACAUCUCAACAUAAAGACUAAAAGGUAUUCGGCGUGUAAGAAGAAACAAGAGGCAAGAAAUGAACCCCCGCCCGCUCAAACACAAGCCGACCCGUACAAGCCAGUCGCAGUGUUACACUACACGCUACCAGACAGAGGUUUCCUCAUAGGAUAGUUAGUUCUAAUUUUCAACCUUAUUUGGGAGAGAUUAAGGUAUACUUUUGUAUAAACUCAUCUGCGUAGGUAAAUUCUGCCUCCUU